AUGCUGGGCAUCAUUCCAGAGUCCACCAAUAUCCCUUUCGACAUCAGAGAGGUCAUUGCCCGGAUCGUUGAUGGGUCGCGAUUCCAUGAGUUUAAGCCAAAGUUUGGGCCAACGAUCGUGUGUGGAUUUGCGCACAUCGAGGGGUACCCUGUGGGCCUCAUUGGAAACAAUGGCAUGCUCUUUAGCGAGUCGGCGAUAAAGGCAACUCACUUUGUCCAGAUCUGUGGAAAGCGUGGGACACCCUUGGUCUUCCUCCACAAUGUGACGGGGUUCAUUAUUGGCACUGCCUUCGAGCAGGGAGGAAUCACCAAGGACGGUGCUAAGAUGGUGAAUGCUGUGAGUAAUGUGCCUGUGCCCAAAUUCUCGGUUGUGUGUGGUGGUAGCUUCGGAGCGGGGAACUAUGCAAUGGCUGGGCCGGCCUUCGGGACACGCUUCACCUUCCUUUGGCCGAAUGCGAAGAUUUCAGUCAUGGGUGGAGAACAAGCCGCUGAGGUCAUUGCAAUUCUGAAGCAAAAGACCUUAAAGCGAGAUGGGCAACAGGAGAUGCCUGACGAGAUGGUUAAAAUGCUGAAGAAGCCCAUCAUCGACGGCAUCGAGAGCAGCAAUUCUGCCUAUCAUUCCUCAGCAGGUGCUUUUGAUGAUGGAGUCAUUGACCCGCGAGAUACCCGAAAGGUGCUGGCGCAGGUGAUUUCCAUCUCUUUAAAUGCCCCGUUGCCGCGAAACGAGUAUGGCGUGUUGAUCGACCUGCUGGUGGGUGAUCCUGAGUCCAAUAAGAAGGCUGUGUCCCAGGAAUGCUUGAAGGCCCAGGGCCUGCUGUACACCAUGCUGUCCAUCGGUCAGAAGGCCGAAGGCUGCAUCGAUACUUGCGCCGUGCAGUCUGACGACCCUGACGGCAUUUGCGACACGAGUGGCUGCCACGGCAAGCUUAGGACCAAGAAGGAUUUGGAGGAUGUCAGAGGAGGGCCUGAGUGGAGGAGACGCCAUGAGGAAAUGCUGGAGGCAUGUGGCAAGUGGCCUUACGAGUUCAAAAUUCUUCCACCCGUAGGCGUAGAGCCGGAAGAGGUGGCUCCAGAUGUUCACGAGGCAAGCAUGGCUAUCCUGCAGCUGCCCCUGCCGUUUGCAGCGCCGUCCUUUCAGGAGGAUGCAAAGAAUGCGCAAGUUCGUGUCCCAAGAAGCCGCGUGUGGCAAACAGCCAUAAGCUUCUUGUGA